UAUUUAAUUUUAUUUUCGUUUAUGUUUAUUAUAAGGAUUCAAUUCGGCGAUUCAACAUCGGAUUUAGAUGAUGAAGGUGAAUUACUAUUAGAAACACUUCCACACAUACCAGUUGAACAUGUUGUGGAGCCAUCAGAAACACCACCUCAAGAAAAGGUUGAUCCCGAUGCAGAUCAUGUAAAUCAUGGUGACACCGACCACCAUGGUACAUUACUAGAAAACACAAAUAAUCUACCAAUAUUUCUACAAGAACCAAAAGAUACAUUUGUUAUAAAAAAUAAACCAGCUAUUUUAUAUUGUAAAGCUGCCCAUGCACUUAAAGUGUAUUAUAAAUGUAAUGGUGCUAAAAAUUUACAAUCCGCUGAUUCAGCCUUUGUGGAUCCACAAACGGGUGUGCGCGUAAUCGAAGCAGAAAUUAAUAUAACGCGUAAUAUGGUCGAAGAAUUUUUCGGUCGUGAAAAAUUUAAGUGUGAGUGUUAUGCAUGGACAUCGCGUGGAGAAAUACGUAGCCAACCUGCCACGAUUGAAGUUGCUUAUCUAAAGAAACAAUUUGAAUCCCCACCAUAUUCAGUUAGUGUUGAACUCAAUCAACAAACAGAAUUGCGUUGUUUACCACCAGCGGGUGUACCACCCCCACGUGUAUAUUGGUUACGUAACGGUGUGCCUUUGGAUACCGCUACUGACACCCCAACUGGUGGAAUUGCAACAGGGUCAGGAGCUGGAUUACUUGUAUCAAGUGAUGGACAUUUAUUAAUUAGUGAAGCACGUCUACAACAUAGUGGUAAUUAUACGUGUGUUGCGGAAAAUGCUGCAGCCAAACGUAUGAGUGAUGUAGCGGUGAUUUCGGUUUACGUAAAUGGUGGAUGGUCUGCAUGGUCCCAAUGGACUGAUUGUAAAUGCCCUGGUUUGAGUCUCAGUGCUGGACAGAAAAGGACAAGAGUGUGUAAUAAUCCUGCACCACUUAACGGUGGUCAAACAUGUCCAGGACCAAGUGUUCAACGUACCACGGAAUGUGUUCCAUGUAGUAACGAGGAUAUGUAUGAAGCAAUGUUAAAAACAUUUAAUCAGCCUGAUUUUCAAGCUGUUGAUGGACGUUGGUCACAGUGGUCAGAAUGGUCAUCAUGCGGUACAGACUGUCGACAAUGGCGGCGUCGAACAUGCACUCAACCACAACCAAGCGGUGGUGGUAAUCCAUGUCAAGGUCGUUCCAGACAAUCUCAACCAUGCUGUAUAUCAACACAAAGUGAAGCUGCAUCGAUUGCAGAAACACAAACAAAUAUGGCAUUAUACAUUGGAAUAUCUGUUGCUAUUUUGGUAUUUGCUGUUGUUGCUGGAUUUUUGAUACGCGUAUUUCGACGCAAGGGACGCGAUCAUUCUUUAUAUAAUAGAGCAGCUAGUGAAUUUGCACCUGCUGAAUUUUUUCCUGACCACGAUAAGAAGUCGUUACAACCAGAUUUAACAAUACAAACUGCAAUACCACCAUGCUACGAAUAUCCAUUCUCCAAUAAUUCACUCUCGAUUUCACAUUCGCAUUCGGUAUCCGAACAUCAUUACGAUGUACCACAUUUAUCGUUACCCUCAGCUCAAGAAAUGUCACCAUCUACUAGUUCUUGCAGUCGAACAAUUGAAUCAGCUAGUAGUGUUGUAGCCAAACAGAAAAAUGAUUUGGAAAGUGUAUCAAGUGGUUUUACUUCGUCUGACUCCACCUAUGAUGUUGCAACCGAAACAGUAACGUUACCAUUACCUGCGCUACCAGCAGCAUAUGCAAUAUCACCAGCACUGCCAUCUGCACUACUUGACGCCAAAUAUACAACAUCCCAAACAAUAACACACACUGGAUGCUACUUACAUUUAUUACAUCACUCAAUAGCUCUGUCCAUUCCCGAAAACGCAGUUAGCCGCAACAAGAAACAAGAAUUUCAUCUAAGUGUUUUAACAGAAGAUCGUUUUCGCCCAAAUUUACCUGAAAAUUAUACACAAUUAAGUCCGAUAGUAUGUUGUAGCCCGCAAGAUAUUAGUUUUAAUAAACCUGUCGUAUUAAAAUUCCCACAUUGUGCGAAUUUAGAACAAAAUUGUUGGGAAAUAUCUAUUUUUGAAAAUCAUCCAAAGACACAAGAAUGGAAAAAAUGUGUAACUCUAGGUCAAGAAACAAUAAAUACAACCAUUUAUACACAAUUAGAUCCAGAUUGUGUUUACUUAAUGGCUGAUUCGUUUAAUUCGAAAAUUAUGUUAGCGGGACGUUCCAAUAAUGGAAUGUCUGCAUUCAAAAAAUUAAAAUUAUUAGUUUAUGCUCCAAUAAAUAGUAUCCAAACUCAAGUAGAUUUUAAUGUACGAGUUUAUGUGUUGGAAGAUAUUGAGACAUCUAUUCAAAUUGUACAGAAUCAAGAAAAGAAAUUAAAUGGAUGUUUAUUGGACAAACCGAAAGGGUUUUUGUUUCAAGAUAAUAAUUCGAAUUUAUGUUUAAGUUUAAAUGAAAUCAGUGAUGGUUGGAAGGUAAAGCCAUGUUCCAACUAUCAAGAAAUACCAUUUAAACAUAUUUGGAAUUCGACCAGUAACAGUUUACAUUGCUCAUUUACAAUUGAACAAUGUGAAAUGUAUAAAAAUUUAAAAUUUAAAAUUCAUGCAACCCAAACCAAUUCAAUGCAUCAACAAACAUUUGAUAUCUAUGCGACCACAACAAGAUUUCAUCAAACAACAAAUCAAACACCUACAGCAACUCCACCGCCAGUUACAAAUUUAAAUUCAACACCAUUCGAUUCUCCUUUACGUAGUCGUGAUUCGCAUACAAACUUGUUAUCAAAUAUGCGUGAUAUUUCAUUCGAUUCGCCAAUGAAACAAACUACAACAAAUAAAUCACGUGAAGUAACGUUUGAAUCACCGUUACAUAUAGGCAGUUAUGAUAACAAUUCGAAUACAAAUAGUAAAAAUGUUUUAGUCACGGAUCGUGGUGUUUCGACUGUUGAAGAUAUACCAUUUAAAUUAAAUAAACAAAUUAAAAAACAAUUAUGCCAAUGCUUAGAUCCACCAAAUAAUCGAAUGAAUGAUUGGCGUAUGUUAGCAAAAGCGUUAUCCGUUGAUCGGUAUAUUAAUUAUUUUGCUACGAAAGCAUCACCUACGGAACAUAUAUUGGAUUUAUGGGAAUGUCGGAAUCGACAGGGUAGUGCUCUUACUGAAUUAGUGUCAAUAUUUAGGGCAAUGGGAAGAAGUGAUGCUGUGAGCAUUAUUGAAAAUUCAUUAGGACCUAGUUGGUUAUAAGAAACAAGAUAAUUGAAUUUUGUUUUCUUUUUUUAAUUUCAAAUAGUAGGCUAACAAAUAUAUAUUUUAAAAAAUGUUGUAAAGUUGAAAAAUAUCCUUUGUCUGAUUUAAAUCCAAAAUGUGUAGAUUAAGGAGCAGUUUGUUUUUAAAUUUAAAAGUGUUUUAUGCAAAAAAUUUUAUUACAAGUAAUACACGUUUAGCUUAAAGUAUUGUAAAUAGCAAUUCGCAUACAUAAAUUCGAAUUGAAAUGAACCGACUUUGCCAAUACUGAUUGCUGGGUCACGAGCUGCAAGUCAGAAUUCGGUUAUCCUCGUACUACAAUUAAGAAAUUAUCUUCUUUUUUAUCGUUUAUCUGCUUUACCACAUAUAAUAGACAUUUGAAGUAAUUUGUUUCGAUUGAAGCUACCUUUAAGUUCACAAGGGUUGUUUAUAAAUUUAAUUUAGUACCUUGAAAUAAAACCGUCUAUAAGCAAGAAAUGUGACAUUCGAAAAUUACUAUUUUUUUCAAUAAUAAAUCAUUUCUAAAUCUAGAAGUUUACCAUUAAUGAAACCAAUUAAUGAAAUCUUUAACCAAACAUGUGAAACGUUAAUCUAAAUAAAUUCAUCACAUAUUGAU